AUGACAGAUCACAAGCGAUUUGCAGAAGUUGUUGAUCUCUUUAAAGAGUACAUUGAUGCAUAUGAAGGCAUUUUCAAACUCUCAUCCAACAAUCCUGAAAUAAUAGACGGAGUUUACGAAAAAAUUAAACAGACCGUUAUUAAUAGAUAUAAAAUUCCCGUAAAAUUAAUAUUAAGUGAAAUUUCAAGAGCUGCCGAGUAUAGAAAUCGCUUCUUACCUGGAUACGUUUCACUUUAUAAAAGACUAUUUCUAGAAUUCAAGCCAAAAAGAGAUUCUACGGAUAAUCCUAUUUGUGCAUACUUCUUAUAUAGGAAAUAUAAAAUCAUAAAGGACGAAAAACAUACUCAAUUUAGUGAACCAUGGGUUUAUACUAAAAAAUAUAGGGAAGAUGUUCACAAAGAAGGAACAAUUUUCAGAGCAAUUAUGGAAGAUAAUGAUACUGCUUUUAUUCAGUUCACUGAAUUGCCAGGUUUCAAUCCAGAACAAACAAUUUACUCAGAUUUAUAUCCAUGCGAAGAAAUUUUUGAUUUCAGUCUUCUCGAGCUGUGUUGCUAUCAUGGUGCUGCUAAAUGUUUUAAGAUUUUACGUACAAAAUUUGGCGCAAAAUUUACAAAAAAAUGCAUACAUCUCGCUUUCGCUAGCGGAAGUCGUGAAAUUGUGAACUAA